AUGGCUAGAAGACCAGCUAGAUGUUACAGAUAUCAAAAGAACAAGCCUUACCCAAAGUCUAGAUACAACAGAGCUGUUCCAGACUCUAAGAUCAGAAUCUACGAUUUAGGUAAGAAGAAGGCUACCGUCGAUGAAUUCCCAUUAUGUGUCCACUUAGUCUCCAACGAAUUAGAACAAUUAUCUUCUGAAGCUUUAGAAGCUGCUCGUAUCUGUGCUAACAAGUACAUGACCAAGAUCUCUGGUAGAGAUGCUUUCCACUUAAGAGUCAGAGUCCACCCAUUCCACGUCUUAAGAAUUAACAAGAUGUUGUCCUGUGCCGGUGCGGAUAGAUUACAACAAGGUAUGAGAGGUGCUUGGGGUAAGCCACACGGUUUAGCCGCUAGAGUUGACAUUGGUCAAAUUAUCUUCUCUGUCAGAACCAAGGACAACAACAAGGACGUUGUUAUCGAAGGUUUAAGAAGAGCCAGAUACAAGUUCCCAGGUCAACAAAAGAUCAUUAUCUCCAAGAAGUGGGGUUUCACCAACUUAGACAGAGCUGAAUACGUCAAGAGAAGAGACGCUGGUGAAGUCAAGGAUGACGGUGCUUUCGUUAAGUUCUUAUCCAAGAAGGGUUCUUUAGAAGAAAACUACAGAGAAUUCCCAGAAUACUUCGCUCAACAAGCUUAA